AUGGCGGCAGCGGAGGCAGAAAGGGAGCGAGACGCACCGCGCAGACGCAAAGAGCCCGCGGCGCGCAGGUUCUUCUGGGGUCUGGAGAAGAUGUUCUGCUGCCAUUCUCAGGGGUACAACCUGAUUAUCAUGGUAACUGUCCUUGUGGGACAAGCCUUGGGCUGCAGUCGAUGGGACUUGGCUAUCUUUAGCAGACGCUGGAAUGGAAGGGGUGAGGCUGGGGAGCCUCCUGCCCUGUCAGGGAGGUUUGUUCUUGGCUGCAGUCCCCUCCACAGGCACCAGACCCUGGUGAAGGGUCCCAGUGGGCUCGCACCCGUGGACCGGCUGCUGCAGUUCCUGGUGGACAGCUCCAGAGACGGCAUGGAGGUGGUGAACUGUGCCAACUGCGGGCUGGAGUGCAGCAAGGAGGACGCUGAGACCACGUACUUCUGCAACACCUGCGGGCAGCCGCUGUGUGCUCACUGCCGUGAAGAGGCGCACAGGGCACGCAUGUUUGAGAGCCACAACAUCGUGGCCCUGGGCCAGAGAAGCCACGACGUUAUCCAGAAGUGCUCUCUUCGGGAGCCUUUCAUCCUGUUCUCCACGGACAAGAAGUCUUUGUUGUGCAUCCGUUGCCUCCGGGACCUGCAGGAGGAGAGCCGGGCCCACUGCGUGGACCUGGAAUCCGCUUACCUGCAGGGCUGCGAGCGGCUAGAGCAGGCAACGAUGGCGGCAAAGGCCCUGCAGAAGGCCACUCGGGAGGCCAUGGAGCUGCUGCAGGCCAGGCUGGAGGAGGUGCGUCCCAGCGCUUCCGAGGAGGAAGCAGCUAUCCACGCCCUCUUCAGCAGCUUGCAGGACAAAUUGGCAGAGAGAAAAGCUUUGCUACUACAGGCUGUGCCGAGCCAAUACGAAGAGAAAGACAAGGCUUUCAAGGACCAGCUCUCCGGCCUAGCUGCCUUGCUGCCCACCCUGCAAGUUCACCUGGUUAUCUGCUCUUCCUUCCUCAACCUGGCCAACAAGGCUGAAUUCCUGGACCUGGGCUAUCUGAUGGAGAGGCUGCCGGGCAUCGCGGCGCGGCCGCACCGUCUACGGCCAGCUCAAAGCAGCAAGGUGCUGGCCGGGGGCUCCGGACCCCAGGCGCUGCGGGGGCCCCGCUGCCCCUCCCCAGCGGGGAAGGGGUCAGGGUCGCCGGUCCGGAAACCCUCGCCGCACGGAGCCGUCAGCACCCAGGUGCUGCUGGCCGAGGGCGCGGACACGCCCUUCACCGAGCGGGGUCGGCGCUACGAAGAGUCCUACCGGGGGCUGCAGGGGGAGGUGCAGAGCCUGAAGGAUCAGGUGCAGGAGCUGCACCGCGACCUCACCAAGCACCACUCGCUCAUCAAGGCCGAGAUCAUGGGGGACAUCCUGCGCAGGUCCCUGCAGCUGGACGCGCAGAUCGCCUCCGAGAGAGCUGUCUUCCAGGAGAUUUGGGAGGAAUCCUACCAUCACAUGGCUAAGGAGCAGGAGAUUUAUGAAGCCCAGCUCCAUGACCUUCUCCAGCUGAAGCAGGAGAAUGCCUACCUGACCACCAUCACCAAGCAGAUCAUGCCCUAUGUUCAUUCCAUCGCCAAGGUGAAGGAGCGGCUGGAGCCCACCAUCCAGGCACCUGCAGACGAGCAGUCAGAGCGCCUGCAGAACGCACAUGAUGACAGCAGGAACAGUGAGGCGCUGGCCAGGAAUGAUCCAGUAAGUAUCACAGAGGAGAGAGAGACAUCCGAACCUACAGCCAACAGCAGGGCCCUGAGUGGCUUCUUAGACCUCACACCCAAGCAGAGCACUGGGGUGACACCCGCCAUGGAGAGCACCCAGCCCCACCCUGACUUUGUACACUGGGCCUUCACCAGCCUGCUUCACUUUUGUCUGUGCUCCUAUGGCACCAAGUCCUGGCAAGGGGAUUUGCUCUGGUGGGAAUGGUCUGGAGAAGCUGAGGACCGACUCCACCCAUGA